GCGGGAGGCGGCCCUUCCCGGCGGUCGGGUGCGGGCCGGGCUCUCCGGGGGCGUUUCCGGGCGUGGAGCUGCCCGAGGCCCGCUUUCACUUUUGGGGCUGGGAGCCUUCUGGCGGUCGGUCCCUGGGCAGCUCCGAGCUCCUGGUUGCGGCUCCGGGGCGCGGGCACGCACGGUCGAGGCCUGGCCACGCAGGAUCGCUUUGAAGGGGAAGAGCUCCCCAUCACUGGAGACAGCCAAGUCCCUGUGAGCGCAGGGCCUGGCCCCUUGCCCUCGGGAGCAUGGCAUCAGCCUUUGAGAGGGUGGUCAAGAGCGUGGUCCGGGAGCUGGACCACGGCAGGGAACUGACCCCUGUCAAGAGCCUGCAGACCUCUGACCGCUUCCAGCCCUACUGCCUUCUGGGCAGGAAGCCCUCGAGUUCAUGGUUCUGGAGACCCCGCUACACAUGUGUUGACCUGUCCAUCUGGGACAUCCUGGAGCCCAGUGCCCCGGAGCCAGCUGUGGAGCGUGGCGGCCCCUUCUACUUCCAUGACACUAUGGACGGGCAGCUGCAAGGCCAGGUGGAGCUGGCAGCCCCAGGACAGGGGAAGUUCUCCGGCGGGGCCGCGGUGUCUGGCAGCUCCAGCGCCUCGAUGAACGUGUGCACGCUACGAGUGGCCCCCAACACCUGGGACGCCAUGCACCUUGAAAGGCGCCUGCGGCAGCCUGAGCACAAAGUCCUGCAGCAGCUGCGGAGUCGCGGGAACGAUGUGUUCGUGGUGACGGAGGUGCUCCAGACGCAGAAGGAGGUGGAGGUCACGCGGACCCACAAGCAGGAGGGCUCGGGCCAGUUUGCCCUUCCUGGAGCUGUGUCCUUGCAGGGCCAGGGCCAGGGCCACCUGAGCCGGAAGAAGACGGUCACCAUCCCCUCGGGCAGCGUCAUUGCAUUUCGGGUGGCCCAGCUGGUGAUUGGUUCUGACUGGGACAUCCUUCUCUUCCCGGACAAGAAGCAGCGAACCUUCAGGCCGCUGCGGGAAGGCCAUAGCGCCUCCCACGGUGCAGAUGGGCAGCCGCCGCAGUUCUCCCGCCUCGUCUCCGGGAUGAGCUUCCCCUCUGAGCACCUGAAGUUCCAGUCAGACGGGCCCGCGGAGGACCAGCUGGUGACCACCGAAGACUUCCAGGGCCUGCAGGCCGAGGUGGACGCCUGGGCCGCGGGCCUGGAGGCCUUGUCCAGGGAGCCAUGUAGGCAGCUGCUGGGGGGCCUGGGGCAAGUGCUGCAGGACGAGCCCGCCCUGCAAGCCCUGGAGGACUCGCUGGAGCAGGGCCUGUGCGGUGGGCUGGUGGAGCCUCAGGACGGUCCAGCGGGUGCCAUGCUCGAGUGCCUGGUGCUGGCCUGCAGAAGGCUGGAGAGGGAAGUCGCCGGCCCCAUCUUCUACCUGGUACAGGCUCUAGCUGUGCUGAAUGAAACCCAGCAUGUGCUGCUGGCGAAGGUGCUGGAGACGGGGGCCCUGUCCGGCGCGCUCACGCUGGUGGGGAGUCUUCUGGAACAGAGUGCCCCAUGGCAGGAGCGCAGGGCCGUGUCCCUGCCACCCACGCUGCUGGGGAGCAGCUGGGGCUCAGAGGCACCCAUCUGGGCCCUGCUGGAGGAGUGUGGCCUAGAGCCACAGGUGGGCACCGCUCAGGUGUGCUGGGAGCCAGAGGCCCAGAGCUGCACGUGUGCACUUUAUGCCUGCCUCGCACUGCUGCUGAGGCUCAGCCAGCUCUGCUAGUCCUAGCCGGACAGAGCUCGGGCCCAGCCGGCUGCCGGGAGCCAAACCCAGCCAUGUGGCAGCUCAAGGCCUGGAAGUUGGGGAAAGCCAAUAAAUGCAGACCCAGGAAAAACGGC